AUGAUUGAAGAUCAUAUCGAUUUUGUAGACACUCAGGAAGAGCAUUCACUUUUAAGAGAGAGACUUCCUCACAAAUUGACCUAUAGCAAUUUCUGUAAGAGAGUCAUGCUGUUGGUCUUUCAUUAUCUAGUGCGAGACGGAAAAGAACCAAAAUUUUAUCGACGACCACUUGUGAAAAGAGAACUUAUUGAAAAUCUGUUACGAGAAAAAGAUCCUCACUUUUAUUCCAUUGUUAAUCCAUCCAUUGCUCGUGAAUUGCAUACUCUCUUGAAUACAAAUAGUGAAAUGAAAUUUAAGCAAGCGAUUGCCAUUGUUUUUGCUGGUAUCCUUAAUAUGGAAACAUUGCAAAGUCUUCACAAGGUAACAACAACAACAACGAAUGUUUUACCAAGGAGAAGAGCAACAAGCAAUUCCAAACGAUCUUCUUCCAAGAAGCGAUCAUCCAAUGAGGAUCUAUCCGAUGGUGAUGAUGACGAUGAACAAGAUGAUGAACAAGACGAAGACGAUCAAAUCGCCACUUCUCAAAGAGACCCAACACGUGUCACUAGCAGUGCUUUGAAAAACAGUCAGUCUCGUAGUCGACGACGACGACAUGUCAAUGUUUCUUCACAAAGUCAAACCACAAGUGACAAUGAUGAAGAAGAAAAACAAGAUGUUUCUAAUAUGAAUGACUCAUGGAAAAACCUACAAGACCUCGACGACAAGCAAGUAAGAAUUUGA